GGCCGCGUGGCCGACUCUUUGUGCUCUCAAUGCUUUACAUGUAACUUCAUCCACCUCUAUUACACCUAUACCACCCAGAGCAUUUAUCGCAUUGUUAAUCAUAAGGCUGAAGAAAUAUGAAGAAAAAGGUUCUGCUCAUGGGUGCUUCAGGGAGCGGAAAAACAUCCAUGCGUUCCAUGAUAUUCUCUAAUAACCCAGCUUCUCUCACCUCUCGCUUGGGGGCUACCAUCGAUGUCGAGCAGAACCAUGUUCGUUUCCUUGGUGAUCUCAUCCUCAACUUAUGGGAUUGUGGCGGUCAAGAUGCAUUCAUGGAUUCAUAUUUGACUACACAACGAUCGACCAUAUUCUCGCAUGUCGGUGUGAUGAUUUACGUGUUUGACGUCGAGAUGCGGGAGCCUGAGAUGAGCAAAGAUCUUGACUACUAUCAAGAAUGCUUGGGGAGUCUGGCGCAGUUUAGUAAAGACGCGAGUGUAUUCUUGUUGGUUCAUAAAAUGGAUCUGGUGAGAGAAGGGGAAAGGGCUGCCAUCUUGCUAAAGAAGACAAAGGAAUUGGAGAAGGAAAGUCGUGAUGUUAGCGUCAAAGUGUUUGGAACAAGCAUCUACGAUGAAACGUUGUACAAGGCUUGGUCGAAUAUAGUAAACACUCUGAUCCCCAAUGCUCAAAAUCUCUCGAAACACCUGCGCAAAUUUGCCGACGCAUGUAGUGCUACCGAAGUCAUCCUUUUUGAACGUACCACUUUCCUCGUCAUUGCUACCUCGUCUAAUCCUGAUUCUUCCGACUCUUUCCCUCCCGACACGGUUGCAACGCACGCGCUAGAUCCCAAGCGUUAUGAACGUACCUCAGAGUUGAUCAAGGCUUUCAAACAAUCGUGCUCGCGGCUGCGUGAAGAAUUUCACUCGCUUGAGAUGGAGCUUUCCGAGUUUACGGCUGUCCUGGAUGAGAUGACCAAAAAUACCUAUGUGUUGGUCGUGGUGCAUAACCCUAUUGUUGAAACGGCUGCCAUAAAGAUGAACAUUCGAAUGGCGCGCCGGAAGUUUGAGGAACUACAAGGAGACAGUCUCGUUUCGUGAAUAGCGAACCAACUAUGCUUUGUCGUACGACGCCCCUUCUUUGCCUUCCUAUGAUCCUAUUUUAUUCACAUUCACACAAACCUUUCACUGAUCAUUCUCAUUGUAAAACAAUAUCCUACAUCAUUAGUGAGUCAUUAGCAUUGUUUCGACUUCGCUUUCUUCACUCUUUGUUCAGUGAUGUUUUCACCUCGCACACCCGUUCGCAUUGUAUAACUAAUAGAGUGGCUUCACGUUCUUACAGAUAUAUAUUUCUGGACAUCAUUUAUAGACCAUGUGCUCCUCGACAUACUAUAUACAAAGGCGUGGAAUGAUAAUGUAAUUUUUUGCAC